CACAAUUUCCAUCAAUGUUUUUUGCCCUUGAAGGAGAAGCAAAACUAUAAAAAGAAACAUGUCUUUGAAAUUCCUUCUUUUUUUGUGGAUUUCUUGUGCAAUUUUAGAAAUUGGCAACGCAAUACGAUGGCGUGGCAGAUCUAGAAGAGGAGGAUACAAACAAAGCCAAGACGACGACUACGACUACUCCAACAAACGCAACGGCAGCAAUGCCGACGUGGAGGCCAUCAAAGAGGCGUUAGUGAUAUCUUCUAUAGUGAUCGGGGUCGUUGCUGUACUUACCUUCAUAGGAGGAUGUGCUCUUUAUUGGGGAUACUGCAAUGAUGAACAGAGAAAAAAGUUUUUUGAAGUCCUUGCUUGUUGUCAAAAAGUCUGUUCUUGUUGUUUGAAAAUCUUGAAGAUGGGCAGUGAUGACUGAGACUAGGAAGGACAUUGAGCAAGCCCUUGUGUUACACGGAAGAGUUUUUGAUGUAUGUUUUAUCUCAAUGUCUAUCAACAAAAGUUUCGUAUUUUCAUUUAAUGAAUUUAUUUAUUAUAGUAGUAUCAUACAUACGAAAAUGUUAUAUCAUAAAAAUCAUAAUUAGCUUCAUAUCAUCAAAGUUGCUGGAUGUUAUCACAAUCAAUAAUAAAAAAAAAAAAACCCUCUGAAACGAGGAAAAA